GAUAAAUAGUAGUAUUGUUUGUUGAAUUAAAAUUAAGAUUUAUCAGUGGUUUUACUAUAUUAAUUUCCCUUUGUAAUCCUUUGGUUUCACAGAGUAAUUUAGGUUAAUCUAUGUAAAGACUUGAGCUUUAGUACUAAAAAUCUAAGAAAGUAAUUUAGCUUUCUUUGUUAGAUUUUUAGAACCAAUUUUAGUUCCUUUUUUUGCUUUCCCUUUUGAAAUAGACUUAAUUCUUUUUCAGCUGGAUUUCGUGUCUAAUGUUUCUUUUACAUUAUAGAAAUAGUAUUAACUAUAAUGAAUCAUCUGAUGAUUUGUACAGCUGACCUCAACUGUAAAGGCUUGACUUUUUUAUUUUUUUGAUAACCAAAAGGCUUGACUCUCUCUGUUAGAAUUUUAGAAUCAAUUUUAGUUUUUUUUUUUUUUUGCUUUUGGUAUUUUAAUCUUUGCUUAAAUAGACUUGUUCUUCCAUCUUUUAGCUGAAUUUUGUGUGUAAUGUUUCUUUUACCUGGAUAGUACCUGGGGUUUUGAUUUUGCCUGCAAAACGGAGCCAGAAUUUUCACUUAGGGGGUUCAAAAUUUAAAGAAGUAAACACACGAACAAGUGAAAGGGGGUUCAACAUCUACUAUAUAUACAUAAAAAAAUAAUUUUAACCAUGUAUAAAAAGUGUAAUUUUUCGCCGAAGGGGGUUCGGAUGAAUAGCCUGGGCUCUACCUAGAUCCGCCCUUGGGUCCAAACAUGGUAAGGAGAAGACUGCAGUAGGAUAUAAUGACUAGCGUAAAAAUGGUUUAAUCGUCUGAUGAGUUGUACAGCCGACCCCAACUAAUUGGGGAUCGAGAGGUAGUUAAUUGAUUGAUUGCAUAGGGCAUUAUGAUCUAUCAUGUUUUAUUCGUAGUUGGGUACUAGUAAUAGUGUUUUGGUUACUUUUGGAGUAAUUUUAUGGCUCAAUGAUUGUACUCUAGAAGCUUUAGUUAUGAAAGAUAGAGGUUGACGUUAAGCUCAAAGGUGGCCUUCUUAUUGAAAUGGAAUAGAACUCUUGAUGUAGAAUUUGGUCAUUUGCAGUGGGAGGGGUAGAAUAUAUAGCUGACAUGGAUAAAAUUACAUUAAUUUUAGAGCAAUAUGGAGUGUGAAAGCAAGUCAAUCAACUUCUUUGGCAAAUGCUUUUCCUUGUGUGGAUCCACCUAUUGGUCUUGCUUUUGCUUUUAUAUGUGGAGUUUCAAAGUGGCAAUUUUUUCCUUUUAGUUGUCACUUUAUUUCCUUUUGCAAUUGGAUGUGAUCUCUAUUUAUUAAUUUCUUCCACCUCCAUCAACUCAUCAAGGUACAGUUUAAGAAGUUAAUCCAUAAUAAUUUGCUUCCAUGGCAUUGAAGGGGUUUAUAGUUUGUCCUGCUAUCUAACUAUCGCGCACAAUGCGCAAACCUGAAGAAAGUUUCAGGUCCAUUGUAAUACUUCCAAGCAACCCAAUGCUUACAAGCUACUGUUCCUUUUUUUCUUCUUGAUAAGGUAACAUAAAUUUCAUUAAAUAAGUACCAAGAAGGUACUGAAAGCAUACAGCCUACAACAUAUCUGUAUCAAUGACAAUCUCAAAACUUCUAUAUAGUCCAAAAACUGUCCCAAAUUUUCUAUGGUAUGCGUACAAGUUACUGUUCUGUUCUCCAAAUCUGAGGCAUGUCUGCUAUUUACUGAUUCUUGAGAGCUACUAUGGAUUUCGGACAUGGCAGGGCACGCUACAUUUUUUUUGGAUGACCGGGAAAUCUAUCUGAAGCCAGUUCUAGGACCAAGCACAACCUUUGAGACUCCAGGAUAAUGGGCCUGCCUCUCUAUCCUUCUCUACUUAAAUACCAAGCUUAGUUUUGCAUGGCGCAGGGCUCGAGCCUCUGACCUAAGUCAAAGGUCCUCAACCUUUGCCACUUGAACUAACUACUAAGCCCUGGGGGCUGCUGCAUUGUUUGAAAGACACUUUUAUAUCGACUGUUAAAAAAACCUCUGAAUCAAUUAGCAGAAUCAAGAAGCAAAACCAUAUUUCCCAAGAAAGGGAAACCCUGCCUUGCCUUCUAAGUAUUAGUUGAGUCUCUAUGAAUAUAUUCUCAUUGAAACAAUGACAGACUUGUAAAGCUUUUAAAAAUUAUUGAUCUCCAUGAAUAUGUUGUUUUCCAUUAUGUAGUUUGCAGUUUAUAAGUUGGAACCGCUGAUUUGACAUAAUUCUGGUUGCACUUUAUCCAGUCACGACUUGUGCGUUUGCUGGCAAAUAUAAACUUUGAGCAGUAGAAUUUCUUAGAGAUCAUUUUCAAGAUUCAAUAGUUGGUGACAACUCUAUUCAGAACCCUGGGUUGUCUACAGAUUGUGAGAUCCAAUAAUAGAUUGUGGACUUGAAGAAAAUUGAAAAGUCUGCAUCAAUGUUGAACUUGUUUAGCCCGAGGAGGCUACCUUGGAUAUCUGGUACAGAUGGUCAGAAAAAGGUAGUUUUAACUGCUGUAGAAGUAGAAUCUCUUCGGUCAGAAAUUGCUGCUUUAGAAGAAAGAGAAGCUCAUUUAAAAGCUCAAUUAGAACAUAUUGAUGAAAUACUGCAGUCUGCUUGCAUGUCGGGUUAUUUAUACGUGAGAACGAGAUGGGCAGCUUUACCAGGAGAACCUCUUCCAAUCGAUGAUGACACUGAAGUUGAUGAUUGGCUUCCUAGAUUUCUUGUCCUUCACGGAUCGUGUAUUUUCUUGUAUAAAUCAUCCACUGAUAUGAGCCCUCAAGACUCAACUCUCCUAUCUGAUGUUGUUGAAGUUGGAGCCAUGCCUUGUCUGACACGAGAAGAUGGUGAUACUCGAUAUUGUUUUUCUAUCUCAACUCGUAAUGGGCUGAGAUAUGAAUGCUCUAGUGCUUCUAAAAUAAAGGUUGAUUCCUGGUUAGCGUCAUUACAGAAUAAUUGUGAUCUGCAAUCUAAUGGCACCGCGCCUGAUGAGUUAACCCAGACUUGACAUGUUCUGCUGUCAGUAUUCGGUAGCAAAAACCUGUAAAUAGGCCAGAAACUGAAGCAAAGGCGGCAUUAUCAUUCACUUGGAAGUUUGACUGCCAGUUGUUAGCAUAUCCAUUAUUCUGUGCAUAGAUUAUCUAACUGCCAUGGUCAAGUUACUAUUAUAUAAAUAAAAUUUGGUCACGGUUUAAGGAUUUCUAUUACAUGA